GUCGCUUUGAUCUCGCUCGGACUCGGAAUGCCAGGCUUCUCACCCACCCCAAAGUUGUACAUCGGGUACGGAGCGUCCCCCUUGAUCUGGAUUUCGCUCAUUAUAUUUUCCAUCUGCAUUAUACUUAGUAUCUGGUUCAUUUUUAUGCUCCUGCUCUACCGAGAGGUGCGGUGUCAGAUUAAGUGGGAUCAGUGGAAUAUGAACACCAACGUUUGCUGCUGCAUCCUCGCCGCGUCGGCAGGACUGCUCGAACUCUUUGGAAUUUUCCAGGCGAAAAUGUUCAACUGUCAGGACCCAAGGUUUGGUUGCGCUCCGAGAAAUCGGAUUUUCAAAUCCCCACCGAGAAAAUUGUUGGACAUGCCGUACAAACAGCUUCAUUAUGCAUCCUGUUUGGGAAAAAUCUUCUGUGCUGUGCUGUAUUCGGUGUGCUCUAGAGCCUUGUUAAAGAACAAUGACCAAGUGGAAGGAUGAAAUUUUGUAAAAUAUUUAUUUAUUGACUAAUUAACG